AUGAAUUCUCUCGAAGCCAUUUUCGGCGAGCUGGGCAUCUCUCAAUACCUUGGCACCUUCGUCGACCAGGGCUUUGAUUCAUGGGACACAAUAUUGGACAUCACGGAAUCCGAUCUCGACGCGCUCGGCGUAAAGCUUGGCCACCGUAGGAAACUCCAACGUCGAAUCGCCAACUACAGAGGCCUCGCCCCCGAUGCCUCCUUAGCAGCAUCUCCCACCCGUGCAAGCAUCGAAGAGACUCGGCUCGACUCGAACCGAUCCGAACCGGCGAGAACCGAUCACAAAGAUGGAUCAACUGCCACCAAAAGGAAGUACAGGAGGCAUCCAAAGGUUCGCAAAUACUUUGAUGACUACACGCGAGAAAGGGAAGCUAAUGCAUGGUCAAAGGCGGAUGAAAAUGGCCCGGAACGUCCCCCCUCGGCUUACGUUCUCUUUUCCAACAAAAUGCGAGAGGAUCUCAAGGGUCAAAACCUGACAUUCACCGAGAUUGCCAAGUUGGUCGGCGAGAAUUGGCAAAACCUGAACCGUGCCGAGAAAGAACCCUUUGAGAGACAAGCGCAUCAGGCCAAAGAUAGGUACAACCGCGACCUGGCCGAAUAUAAGAAGACUCCCGAGUUCAGGAAGUACAGCGAGUAUCUGAACGAGUUUCGAAAGAGGCAGGCGCUUCAAUUACACGAGAAGGAUACAUCGAAGAGGCUAAAGACGGAGUCGGACGGCACGCGGCCAGGCAGCCUCAGAGGCGGUUCCAUGGGCCCCGGUGGUACGAACAGUCGCGCCGGCAGCGGAGCGGAAAGCGUGACCGGCAGCGAGCCUCCUCCGACCCAGCAACAACGGAUGGGGGCAGUCUUGCCGGGUGCCGAGUCUUAUUUCCCAUUGACGAGCGGCCCAAGUUACCAAGAUGAGACAUUCCACUCAUCGAGAACGUUGUCCAUGGAGGAUGCCAAUGGCAGUCGGCCCGCCAAGGGCGCAUGA